UGCCGCCAAUUAUCAUACGAGCAAGAGGACCUGCGCGGUCGACUAUCGAAGACAGUAUUAAACAAUAAAUAAAUAUAAACAUACAAAAAUAAAAAAAAAACAAAAGGAUAAUAUUCGGCCUUCGCCGAACGACAGCGGAGCCAUGGAUUGGUUAAAAUUGUUCACUCUUCUUGUAGCUGUUGUUUUCACAUCAGUACUCGCAGAUGGAUCCAAGAAAAAGAUUCGCAUACAUCUACCACAGAAGGUGAAGCAUAUACACCACCAUAAGAAGAUUUACAUAACGAACCACCCUGCAUCCUCGCAAUAUGCACCGGCAUACGUUUCGAGCGGCGAGGGCACAGUGGCGGUACCGUCGAACAUAUUGCCGGCUGUGGCAAAUAUUGUACCUAUAUAUGAUGAGACGCCAACUAGACUACAUAGCAACUCUCCUGCCGCUUCACAGCUGUUACCACUGUAUCACGCUCGAGGGUACUACGGACCUACACCGAACGAGAUUGAGGAAUCUGAUUAUGACUCGGCCGGUGAGCCAGUUGAGUACGGCCCCGCAGUGUAUUCAUCUGCGGCCCAUUCAAGCCGCCCACCGAGGAGAUUAAAAAUCGUUAAAUUAAAUGAACCACCUCAAAAAAAAGUUGUAAGAAAAGGUAAACCUAAAAGAGUCGUUGUACGUAAUAAACCUCAAAGCCACAGUUCCAUUGAAGGAGAACUGCCAGUUACAACGUUUCAUGAACAGUUCUACUCUGACGUCGACGGCUCCGGAACUGUUAGAAAAGUAAAAAAACCUCCACGCAUUGAAAAAAUUGUUGACGGAGAUACUGAACAUAUUCACACCUACAGUGAAGAACAUAUACAUAAACUAUUUUAUGAUCAAGGUGCGAAAGUUGCUGGAGUUGUUGGGGUCGACCCUAUUACCGGAAUGUCAGCGAUAUCACCACAGCAUAUAAUCCCUUUUAAAGGCAGGCCUACUUUGGUAGCUCUGCCGUCUCAUCCAUUCGCCGGUAUCGCAGCUGUCGGUGCAGUGGCGAACCCAAAUAACUAUGAAUAUGCCGCGUACAAUGCGCGUGACGUCACACAUGAUCAUAUAUUCCACGAUCACGGUGAAAUUCCUAUUGAUAUUGAUUUAAAUAAGGAGGCUUUAGCCAUACCCCCAAAAGUAUCAUACAACAGCCAAGGCCUAAGAAUCAGUGGCACGCAGAAAAAGUAUAAAAGUAAAAACUCACAAAAAGGUAAAAAAGUAACGAAACAACCAACUUCUGACUUUUCUUACUAUGAAAGUAUUUAUACACCCAAUAGGCCAAGAAAAAUUCCUAGACCAACCGUACCGACAUAUGAUACCACAGGCGAUGCUGUAGAUGACUAUCAACCUGUCCCUAACUUUGGGUACAAAGAAAUACAUAAAAAGCCUCGCACGUCCUCGUACUAUGGCAAGCAAAAUGAUUACCGCUCAGAAGAGGCCAGUGUCCCAACCCCUUUUGAAAUAUCCAAUACAGUAUUACACGAAUAUAAACCAAAAAGGUAUUCUGGCUCUGGAUCUUCACCUGAAAUUUUAACAAAAUUACGAGACCCAUUCGCAAAUUUCAAAGACACAUACACAAAUAAUUUUGAAUACGAUACCUACGCAUCUUCGUCAAACAACUACAGAUCUGAAGACAAAAAUGACUCAGGCUUUGAACAUCGUGCAAAAAAUGGAAAAAAGAAAUCAAUUUCAACUCAGAAUAUAAGCUUUGGGGGACAAGAUCAAAUAACGUGGAAUGUAGAUCACACGGCUGAUGCUGCUAAUAUAGAUGAUGAUAGCGUCCCAACCGCAUUGGAUAUGGAUCAAUUUGAUGAAGACCAAAAUGAUAAUACUCCCAAAGACUCAUCACAAGUAGAACAAUUCUUUUCUAUGUUAGCAGGAAGAGAUUUGAAUGCUGGCCAAAUAACAAUGCCAGACGCAUCCAACAAUAACUAUCAGUACGUCGAACCGCCAACAGUCCAAACACAGGUACAUGCUACAGCUACAACUACCCCAAAUUUAAACAUGGACAGUACAGAAACCAUUUUGACUGAAUCCCCAAAGACUAUCGACACUAGAAAGAGUCGUAGAAAUAAGGAAACUGAACCAAAAAAUAACGAACGUCAUACAAGAGAUAAUCGAAGUAAACCUCCGCAGAAUCCGAGUUCUAGUCGAUCUCAUGAACAAGAUACUAAUUCAGUAGGAAAACUUAAAUAUGGUGAUAAAAUUUGAUAUAUUUAUAAACUUUUAAAUUAGGGCUAGGAUAGUUGCUAUUGUAAAUAAAAAUGAACUAACCUUAGUUCAGCGUCAGUGAUAAACUCUCAUAUAGAUAAAAUAUGGUAAAUUAAUUUAUUAUUUAAAAAAACGAUUUCGAUUUUCAUGAAGUGUAAGUAAAUAGACCAUUACAAGAAGGAAUCGUGCAUUUUAUUCAAAUUCUUAGGCUUAGUAAGAAUUAAAAUAAAUUAAUAUUUUAAUAUAA